UAAACCUCAGAGGAAGAAGUUUAGUUUCACCGCCCUCUUUGUUGUGUCGGGAUGCUGCCUUAAUACAAACAAGUUAGAGAUGUUUAUUUUGUGAGAAAAUACAGUUUUUGUAUCAAGUCAGUAAAUGCCUGUAAUAUUUUCAUCCUCACAGUCGAGACUUAGUUUUGAAAGCAAGCAGGUAUAUCUGGAGGAGUAUCAUCUGAACUGAGAUCUGCUGUUGUGAAGAUGGAGUUUGUUAAAGAGGAAAGAGAAGAGAACAGGAGUGAACCAGAAGCCUGGAGAAUAAAACAGGAGGAACCAGAAACUUUGAUAAUAAAACUUGAACCAGAAACCUGGACAAUAAAACACGAGGAACCAAAAACCUGCACAAUAAAACAUGAGGAACCAGAAACUUUUAAAAUAAAACAUGAGGAACCAGAAAUAAUACACAAGGAACCAGAAACUUUGAAAAUAAAACACGAGGAGCCAGAAACAUGGAGAAUAAAACAUGAGGAACCAGAAACAUGGAGAAUAAAACAGGAGGAACAAGGAGAUUUCAUUGAAGAAAAAGAGGAGAAUGAAGAAUCAAGUGAAGUUGAGGAGAAAAAUCAUGUCAAAAUUGGAGGAAAACCUUUGAGAUUCUCUUUGAGAACCAAACAGAAAGAUUUAAAGAAAAAAAUAACCAAGAAGUCUUUCAACUGCACUCAGUGUGGAAAGAGAUUUACACACAAAACAAGUUUUGAGCAUCACAUGGGUGUUCAUACUGAAGAGAGACCAUUCUCUUGCGAUCAGAGCGGAAAGUGUUACAAACGAUCAGGAACCCUUAAGGAUCACAUGAACAUCCACACUGGAGAGAAGCACCACGCAUGUGAUCAAUGCGGUAAAAUGUUUUUAUGGCUUUCACUUCUGAAGAAACACUUGAAAGUUCAUGCAAAGCGGAAACCAAUUCCAUGUCAUUUGUGUGAUAAGAGUUUUUUGCAUCUACAAAAUUUGAAAGAACAUCAGAAAAUACAUACUGGUGUGAGAGACUACAUGUGCUUUGAGUGUGAAAAGACUUUUAGUUCAGCGGGAAGUUUAAAAAGACAUGAGAGGAUCCACACUGGAGAGAAACCUAACAAGUGUUCACACUGUAAUAAGAGAUUCAGUCAGACAACAGAUCUGAAAACACAUGAGAGGAUUCACACUGGAGAGAAACCGUAUAAGUGUUCACACUGUGACAAAAGAUUCGGUAAAUCAACAAAUCUAAGAACACACGAAAGGAUCCACACUGGAGAGAAACCUCAUAAGUGUUCACACUGUGACAAGAGAUUCAGUAAGGCAACAGAUCUGAAAAUACAUGAGAGGAUUCACACUGGAGAGAAACCGUAUAAGUGUGCACACUGUGACAAGAGAUUCAGUGGUUCAUCUUGUCUGAAAACACAUGAGAGGAUUCACACUGGAGAGAAACCUUAUAAGUGUGCACACUGUGACAAGAGAUUCAGUGUUUCAUCGAGUCUGAAAAAACAUGUGAGGAUUCACACUGGAGAGAAACCUUAUAAGUGUGCACACUGUGACAAGAAAUUCAGUCGGUUAACAUAUCUGAAAACACAUGAGUGGAUUCACACUGGAGAGAAACCUUACAAGUGUUCACACUGUGACAAGAGAUUCACUGAUUCAUCAAGUCUGAAAACACAUGAGUUGAUCCACACUGGAGAGAAACCUUAUAAGUGUUCACACUGUGACCAUAAAUGUAAUCAGUUGCCAAAUCUGAAAAGACAUGAGAGGAUUCACACUGGAGAAAAACCUUAGAAGUGUUCACACUGUGACAAGAGAUUCAGUAAUUCAUCAAAUCUGAAAACACAUGAGUUGAUUCACACUGGAGAAAAACCUUAGAAGUGUUCACACUGUGACAAGAGAUUCAGUGUGUCAUCAAAUUUAAUCCUCAAAAGCAGCUUUUCAGUAAUAAUCUUCAAAAUAUAUGUUGUGUUCACAUUACCUUUCAUUCAACUGUUGAGUUCCAGGUGGACACAUAACACAAGGAUGUAGUUGUCAUGCUAAACCUGUUUAAUAUAUUGGAUUUUGUUCAUUCUUUCUUGAGGCUUCCUGUUAUCAUUAUCAUGUGUUUUCAUUUAUCUUCUUUCCGUGUGUCUUAAUUUGAUUAAUUAAAAAUCUAUUUCAACCAUGGUAAACCGAUGCUGUAUUGUGGGGUGUAAUGGCGCAAUACAUAAUCGCCGUGGGGAAAAUAAAAUGAGAAUGCAUUGACUUUCCACUGCUUUCCUGCUUGGAAGCGUGACCACGGAGACCAUAACAUCUGAAUAUUCAUUUAUAUAGCUUAAGUCAACAUUGAACAUUGAAAGUAAGGGAAAUUUCCCGGUUUAAUCAUCCAAAAUAGGGGAAAUUUCAACAUUCAUCUUUCUGUUGCUUUCAAGUAAGCAAAACGAGGCUUUGAAAACAUCUGUUUCGCUGGAAGGGCAAGAGGGUAGCAACAGCAGCUCCUGAACCCAUCCAUUUGUGAACUGUACAUGAGACUUCAAUGACUUGUAGCUUCCGAACUGUUCUGAAGUGUAGGCGCUCACAAAACAAACAAGGUAGCCGAAGAUUUCCAGAAUGCAAAAGUGCGGCAGCAAGUCGUCGUCAGUGCUCCACUCUUUGUUGGGAAUUCCAUAUAGAUCAAAACCUUUAAUAGUGCCAAUUUUGUCCACAUACCGGUCCCUCGUCUCCCUAUUUUGUGUAUCCCUAUAAAUCCCACAACUUUUUCGCAAUUUUAACAUCUUUUUUCUUUCUCCCAACUCUGCUUCUUCUCGUUCAACUUGUUGUAUGUAUAUAUUCGCGAUGGUAUCAACAUGGCCACUACGUCCCAGAAAGCGAUGCGGCACCCAAGCCCUAUACAGCGUGUUACAAAUGUGGCUUCUGUAAAUCAGUAAAUACCUGUAAUAUUUUCAUCCUCACAGUCAUGACUCAACUUUUUAAUCAAGCAGGUAUAUCUGGAGGAGUAUCAUCUGAACUGAGAUCUGCUGCUGUGAAGAUGGAGUUCGUUAAAGAGAAGAGUGAAAAGAAUAGGACUGAAGGAACCAGAAACCUGCAGAAUAAAACACAAGUGAUCCAUAAACCAGGAGAAAAAAAACACGAGGAACCAGAAACCUGCAGAACAAAACAAGAGGAACCACCUGCAGAAUAAAACACAAGGAACCAGAAACCUGCAGAAUAAAAAUUAAAGGAACCAAAAACCUGGGCCCGUAUUCAUAAAGAUUCUAAGAAUCCUCUCAGAAAACUCUUAUUUUAGCUUAAAAACUUUUACGUAGGAGUCUUAGCUUAAGAGCGAUUCAGGACCGAUCUGAGAGCAACUCUGAGUAAGGAAAAACAAAAACUUUCAUCUUAGUGAGGAGGCGGGGUUGACCCUACUGCUAUGUAUGACACAAUCUUUUGAAGACUGUGAUUGGUUGGUUGUACAAGAAGGAAAAAAAAGAGUGAUUUUAAGUAUAGGAUCUAUUCUAAUUCUCAUUUUGAAUUUACAUUUGUAAUUUAUCCUAUUUGACCGUUCUCUCUCACGCACACACAUACACACAUUAUAUGUGUGUAUAUAAAUCCUUUUUUAUUUACCAUUCUUGUAAUUUCCUAUAAUGUAUUUGCUUGGCUUAGAAUGAUAAAAAUUGUUCCACUCUUUCCAUUUACAGUGAUUGCUGUCCUAUUUAAGUGGCGGUUCGAAUGUUGGUUUUAAUGUAUCAAACAUGGAAUAAAAACCAAGAAGGGCGAGAAAGCCAAACUGAACAGAGCAGAGGAACAGUGUUUACUGUUAGCCCAGUUAGUGGAUGAACACAUGGCCAUUCUUAAAGGAAAACUUGGGCCGGGUGUCACUGCAAGGGACAAGAAGCAGACAUGGGAGCGUAGCCUAAAGCACAAACUAUUAACGGUUCAUUCCCCCUGCUUGUGCGCACCUAUAAGCCUGCUAUAUUCAUAAAUGCAGUUUUUUGAGCCUGCAAGGUGGGAAUGUCCAGUGGAAACUAAAUGAACUGGGACACAAUAAGAUGUUCUGAAAGUGCUGUAAUUGUUUGUGUGAUCACUCUGCUUAAUGAAGGUUGUGCCAGACCCAAAUCAUUACUAUUGCAUUGCUGCAUUUUCCCAGUUGCCAAAUAUUGUAAUGUAGUGAUUAAUUUAUAUAUUAAAUGAUAAAUUAUUGUAUAUUCUAUACCGUAUUAUUAACUCCCUGUCAUCCAUUGUCUGCAAUACAUUUCUUCUGCCUCUUCGUCUUUCUGCCAUUUUCUCUUCUGCUAAAGAAACUCUUAAGCCUCUUAAAAGUCCUCAUCUGUGCUCCUAACAAGUUUGACCUUAAGACCUCUUUUAAGGGUUAAGAUGCUUUCUGAAUUACUUUUUUCUUUACUAGGAUUUUUUUAUUUUAUUUUAAGAGUAAACGCCCACAUUUCUAAGAAUUUUCUUAGAAUUUUGUCACUAGGAGCUACGUUUUGCAUUAAGACUCUUUAUGAAUACGGGCCCAGGAGAAUAAAACACUAGUGAUCCAGAAACCAGGAGAAUAAAACACAAGGAACCAGAAACCUGAAGCAUAAAACACGAGGAACCAGAAACCUGGAGAAUAAAACACAAGGAACCAGAAACCUGAAGCAUAAAACACAAGUGAUCCAUAAACCAGGAGAAAAAGACACGAGGAACCAGAAACCUGGAGAAUAAAAAUAAGAGGAACCAAAAAUCUGGAGCGUAAAACACGAGUGAACCAGAAACCUGCAGAAUAAAACACGAGGAACUACCUGCAGAAAAAAACAUGAGGUUCCCUUGUUGUGUGCGUCCUUGAAACAAAGAGCAAACAAAUUAAAUUGAAAAUAUCACUGCACGCUUCUCAAAUUGCUACUUGUUUAAUGGAUUAUUUUGAACAGGCAUUGUUUGUGUAAUAUCAUAAAUUGUCUGUAAAGUUUUGCUUGAUUGAUUACAGCCACAAAGCAAAACAAUCGAUAAGAUAAUAAUCUAUUUUACCUAAUAUAGUUUUUACUCUUUACUGUAUUUAGCUUUUGAUAUAAAUUUGUGGGCAUUUAUUUUUAAUAAUUUGGUUGGAUUAGCCUACCUAGUUAUCAUUGGAGACUAGAAAAGUUUGUACACAACUAUGCCUGAAACAAACCUCUACAAAUAUACCUGUGGCCUAAUAAAAUUGGUGUGAGCAUCC